ACACAACAACCAUGAGAUUCGCUGUUCAAGAAGGUGGUAAAUACAUUGCAUGUUCAAUAUCCCGUCAUGGAAAGAACGAAAUUAGGUUUUACAAACUUUCACAAGAAAAUGAAACUGUCACCUCGAGUGUAGCCAACUCGAUAUUCCUUGAAAAUUCAAUCAUAGACAUUAUUUGGAGCACUUCCGUUUCCAAAUCACCCAAAAGAAGAAAGAGAACAUCUGAAGAUACACCAGUAGACAUUUCAAACGACACAUUAAUUGCUCUUGACGAAUCAGGAAAUUUAAUUGUAUUAUCUCCAUUACUGAAUAAACCAAUCAAACAAUUCACCACCAGGGUCCCAGGCACCAAAUUAAUCAAGGCCGAUAAUUUCAUAUGGAUAAAGUCUAAGGACAGUCUUAUAAAGUACUCGAGUGAUGAUGACACAGUUAUUUCCAUUCAAGUGCCAUCUGCAACUACUAUUGAAGUCUUGCCAGGAAAAGCACCCCAUGUUGUCCUCAGCGAUGGUUCCAAAUUAUCCCUUGGUAAGAUAGUUAAAAACAAAUUUGUUCAAGAGCAUGAGCUUGAAAUCAAGGGUGUCACCCAAAUUAUACAAUCUAAAACAAAACCAGAUUUACUUGCGGUGUUAGCGGACGAGUUAUACAUUGUCAACUUAAAGGACCUUGACCACUAUACUAAGAUUGAAUAUACCGGAAACGCGACUGUGUUGUCCACUGUAUCAUAUAUCGCGGAAGAAUAUAUCCAAGUAUCAACCCAGGAAAAAGUAUACUUGGUCAGAUUUGGGGACAAGCAAGUUUCCAAAACUAUUACCACCAACAAUGUUACCGAACUUUUCACCCAUGAAUCAAUCUUGGUUGGUGCAUACAAAGAUUUAAAUGAUGUUGAAAUUAGCGAUAUUCACUGGAUAUCUGAUAACGAAGGAGAAAUCAUAAACACAGAAACUACAAAGUCAUCUUCGUCAUCGCUACCAAACGCCAAGAUUCAUAUUCCUAAAAUUACUGCAAUUAACAACGUUGAAUAUUCACAAUUGUUGGAAACUUUACUUGAAAAAUUGAACUCUACGGAACUCAACAAGAAUUCUAUUGUGAAAUUAUGUUCCAGCAUUAAUAACGAAGAAACAAUUAAACAAACCAUCAAGGCAUUAGUGUUUGACCAAGUAAGCAAUACUAGUAUUGAAAAAUUAUAUUCCAUCAUAAGCAACGAAGUGUCAAAAGACUGUUCUAUAAACAAAUCACUCGGAAUCUGGUUGAAAUGGAUUCUUUUAACUUAUGGGGGGGUCAUUGCCAAAUCUGACCAAUCAAACUUAAAGAACUUACAAAAGGAAUUAUCUUCUGGGCUUGAACUUUUACCACAUUUAAUUGUCAUUCAAGGAAGAUUACAACUUUUAACAUUACAAUCUGAAAUUAGACAAAAAGUUAUUGAUAUAGAAGAAAGUACUGAAGAAAAGGAUAUUGUAUAUGCAAAUGGUGAAGGUGACGAUGACCUUGAACCUGAAGUGGUAGAUAUAGAUGUAGCAUAAAUAGUAUUUUAAAAUAUAUCAUUUUCAUAAGGACAGUUUAUACUGCUAUGGCCUUCACGUUCACAUAAUCCACACCAAUCAUUUUUACCUGAACUUGGAUCAACUGGAGUUGACGAUUGGUAAAUUGGUAGCUCGUCGCUAGUGCUAGUAGACAUGGCAAAUGGUUCGCUGCUGGCACUUCCAUGGCUACGCUUUAACUUUUCAACUUCUUGUUCCAAUUGUUUAAUCUGUUGAUCUUUAGAUUGUAAUUGUUCAUGAUACAUUGAAUCCAAUUCAUCCAAUUCUUUUUGCAAGUUUAAAAGAUUAUCCAUUUUAGGUCUUGAUUCAAGUUCGCUUUUCAAACUGUCUAUUUGUUUUUGUAAACCAGAGUUGUUUAUAUCCACAUUACUGACUUGUUUCAGUAAUAAAUUCUCAAUAUCUUGUUCAAGUUGGACAAUUUUCUCCUUGGCUUGGGCAAGUUCUUUGCUUGAAUUGUUGGGUAAUCCAGAGAGGGCCAAUUCACUGUUCAAUCGUUCAAUUUCCUGUUUAUAAGAGUUACACUCAACUUCUAAUUCAUGAAUCUUGACUUCAAACACCUCAAUACCGUCUUGUUGAACUGAAACCAAUUCAUCCAUGGCAGCCCUCCAUUCCUGUCGUUGCACUGCAAAUUGGUCCAAUCUUUUGUCCUUGUCUUGAAUUAUUCGUUUUAAGCUGGAAAUUUCAGACUCCAAUUUAGCAAUCGUGUCGUCGUUUGUGUCUCUCCUCCUUGGUUCAGGGGUGCUACUCCCAAGUUCAGGUGUAAGUUGUCUUCUUUCUAGGACAAACCCGCCGAUACUGCUCCGAUUCGACAUUCUGGAAAUGUUGACACUGGAACGUUCAGGUAUUCCUGGGUUGGCCGUGCGUAAUCUAUCGUAUGGCAAAAACAAUCCACUUCCGGGAAUCUUGACAUGGAAGUAUUCGAUCCCAUUCACGAACCCUGAAUUUUUACCUCGCGUUGAUGCUAAGUUGCCAUGGAGUUCUAUUCCAACGAAAACCCCAGAUUUGCCCUGGAUUUCUCCGAUAUAUCUGACAGUUCCAUAUCCUGGAGGAGAACCUGGUAUAGACACGUUUGUUCCUAUCAAUUCUGAUGCUGUCAUUGCUGGUGUGGUUGUAACAAUCCCGAUUC